UGGCGCAAGGCCUCCUGAAAGCCGGAAGAAGUUGCCUUUCCGUGAAGAAGUCAGUUUUUUGAAUCGUAGGUGUGAGCCGCGCCGGGGCUGUGGGAAUAAAAUGGCGGGGAAGAAGAAUGUUCUGUCGUCUCUGGCAGUUUACGCGGAAGAUUCAGAGCCGGAGUCUGAUGGUGAGGCGGGAGUUGAAGCUGUCGGCAGCGCGGCUGAAGAGAAAAGUGGAUUGGUAUCUGAUGCCUAUGGCGAGGAUGACUUUUCUCGUCUAGGGGGUGAUGAAGAUGGUUAUGAGGAAGAGGAAGAUGAAAACAGCAAACAGUCGGAAGAUGACGAUUCAGAGACUGAAAAACCUGAGACUGAUGACCCAAAGGAUAAUACAGAAGUAGAGAAGCGAGAUCCCCAGGAGUUAGUGGCCUCCUUUUCUGAAAGGGUUCGGAACAUGUCUCCUGAUGAAAUCAAGAUCCCACCAGAACCUCCUGGCAGGUGUUCAAAUCACUUACAGGACAAGAUCCAGAAGCUUUAUGAGAGAAAGAUAAAGGAAGGAAUGGACAUGAACUAUAUCAUCCAAAGGAAGAAGGAAUUUCGGAACCCCAGCAUCUAUGAGAAGCUGAUCCAGUUCUGUGCCAUUGAUGAGCUAGGCACCAACUACCCAAAGGACAUGUUUGACCCCCAUGGCUGGUCUGAGGAUUCCUACUAUGAAGCAUUAGCCAAGGCCCAGAAGAUUGAAAUGGACAAACUGGAAAAGGCCAAAAAGGAACGAACCAAAAUUGAGUUUGUGACGGGCACCAAGAAAGGCACCACAACCAAUGCCACGGCCACCACCACUACUACUGCCAGCACAGCUGUCGCAGAUGCCCAGAAGAGAAAGAGCAAGUGGGAUUCCGCCAUCCCAGUGACCACGAUAGCACAGCCCACCAUUCUCACCACCACGGCCACCCUGCCAGCCGUCGUCACUGUCACCACAAGUGCCAGUGGCUCCAAGACCACCGUCAUCUCUGCUGUGGGCACCAUCGUAAAGAAGGCCAAGCAGUGACGGGGGGCUGCUCCAGGAGCUGGCGGGACUGUGCAGCCCGGUGACUGCUGCCCACUGGGAGGCCCCACUUUGUACAUUUCAGGACUCGGACCUGCUCCCCAGGUGCCACCUAAGAGGAGCCUCUCUAUAUGGCAUUCCAGCCAAAAGGACAUUGUAGAAGAGGCGCAGAGUGCAGUAAACAAUCUGUCCAAACACCAUUUGGGGUCUCACCCAUUAAAAGUGCUGUGUUCUCACAUCCUGGCAUCUCAGGUGCACUGGCCUCUCUCACUGUCUGUCUUCAGGCAGACGUGAAGCUCAAGGGCCCCCUCCACCUCAGCUGGGAUUAUCGCCUCCAGACUGACAGUGAGGGCACAGCCCUUAGUGUGUUCAGAGGUGUGGCUCAGGAAGUCACCAUGAUCAUUCUCAAUGUCUGCCUCUUGGAAGGGGCAGGUGGCAGCCCAGGGACAGGGUGAUACCGCUUGCUCCUGCUGUCUGCCGCCCUGACCCUGAAACCAGAACUCCAGUUCUCGGGCAAGAGCCAAGGCCUCUGCUCACUUGGGUGCGGUGGAGUACUCUCCAGACUGCUUCUCUGACAUGCCCAGAAUUUUGAAAUCGGGCCAGGUACCAGAAGGGCUAGGGUGAGGUCCGCAGCUCACACAGGGAGAAGGGGCCAAGGCUGAGCAGUCCCUCAGUGCCCAGUGAAUGUGGCCUGCAGGAUCCAAGCAGUAGGGGUGAUGAGUCACCUCCUGCUGGGGCCGGGCAGCAGCUCAUUGUUUACUUGAAAGCCCCACUCUUGGGAGGGCUUCUGCCACCCCACCCUUCCUCUGUUGUUAUCUCUGCCCGGCAGCAGCCUCUGGGCAGCACCAAUGGCCAGUGGACUCCUCUUGGACCAGAGAGCUUUCCCAGCCCCUGUCAGCCAGUCUGGAGGGGACAGGCUGCCUUUCGUGCUCCUUGGCAGCUCCCUUUCCACUGCAGGGGAAGGGCUGAGUGUCAGAGAAGGAAGCUGAGCUGUGAAAAGCUCUAUUGCUUCCACAGGGCCAGCAAGGACUGAGAAAGAUGGUCCUGAAAUUCUGCCUGGAACUGCUGCAUGAGCUGAAGAGUGUCAGACGGUCCCUAAGGUCCCCUAAAUAAAAGUUGAGUCUCGCUUGCCCCCUUCUCUUCUUGGUGGGACUUUUUUCAGAGACCAGGGGUCUCUGAAAAGGGCCCCUGCCAUUGGCCAGGGCUCCAGAGGUCUAGGAGGCCACGCAGCACAGCAGUGAAAGCACAGUUGGCACCUCUGGCCUGCGUCCCUGUUGAAAAUGAGUUGUGAAAAUGUGUUGAAAAUGAGCUGUCUCCUCUGUCAAAUCACGGUAAUAAAGUUUCCGAAGAAGGUC